UCUUGGAUUGAAAGCAGGAGUGUCCAAUCUUACAUGGAAUAUUACUUCAUUCUAGUGCAGUGAGUAGUCUAGAAGUUUUUGUAUUUGUGUGGUAGUAGCAUCUAAACUUGCACAUUGAACAAUUUAAGACAUGGACUUUUGGGUUGCCAGAGAGCAGGUGUUGCGAUAAAGGACUUACGGGAAAGGACAGUUGUAUUAGUGGCUGUCUAUGGUGAAAAUGAGUUUGGACCCGGUACAGGUGGUGAGUGCGCAAGUCAAGGAGCUCAAAGUGGCAACAUCGUCUAAUGGGGAAAGCAAGGCAUCCUGGGAAGAGAAGCAAGAGUUUAACAGCCAGGAGUGCCUUAACAACAGCAAGCCCAAGUCUUUGACAGGCCGGCGUGCACGGAAAGUGGAGGGAGGAGUAUUUUUCCCCAGACCAGAGCACGCAGUCACCAUCGCUGUAUCCACCAGGGUCUUGUUCCGCACUGAGAAGGAACAGAAGGUCUUUGAGCAACAGGGCAUCGAGGAGUAUCUGAGAUAUCAAAUUGAACAUGAGAACGAGCCAUUUGCACCGGGGCCGGCCUUUCCCUUCGUUAAGGCUCUGGAGACAGUGAAUGCUCGCCUCAGAGAACUCUACCCACAAAGUGAAGAACUGUUCGACAUUGUUCUGGUGACGUACAACCAUGCCCACGUUGGAGUGAGGCUUAUCAACACCAUCAACCACCACAAUCUGUUCAUUGAGAGAUUUUGCAUGACGGGAGGGGGCAGUCCCAUUGGUUACCUGAAGGCCUGGCACACAGACCUCUACCUGUCCGCUGAUGCCGGCAAGGUCAGGGAAGCACUGGAAGAAGGUAUUGCAGCAGCCACCAUGUUCCUGCCUGAGAAGCAGACGGAGGUGUCUGAGUCUCAGCUGAGGGUGGCAUUUGAUGGAGAUGCUGUCCUCUUCUCAGAUGAAUCCGAGCGUAUCUUCAAAGCCCACGGACUUGACAAGUUUUUUGAACACGAGAAAGACAAUGAAGACACACUGCUGGAUCAUGGUCCUCUGAAAGGCUUCCUUGAGGCUCUGGGGAAACUGCAGAAGAAGUUCUACGCCAAAGGUCAUCGUCUGGACUGUCCCAUCCGCACCUUCCUGGUCACUGCACGCAGCGCAGCCAGCUCUGGGAUCCGAGCGCUGAAGACCCUCCGAGCCUGGGGCCUGGAGAUUGAUGAGGCCCUGUUCUUGGCUGGAGCUCCCAAGGGCCCCAUGCUGGAGAAGAUCCGCCCUCAUAUUUACUUUGAUGAUCAGAUGUUUCAUGUGGAAGGAGCAGUUGAAAUGGGUACAAUCGCUGCCCAUGUGCCCUAUGGAGUGGCACAGCAUCAUAGCUCCAGGAAAAACCCGGUUACAGGCAAAUAGACAGACCUUGAACAAAACAAGAGAACAAUAUACCUGGAACUAAAAGAUACUGUGAAUACACAAGUCUAUAAAAACAUUUGGUAGACUCUCGAGAUGAUUUAAAUCUGGUCUGAGGUCUGGAACCGACAACCACCUGAACAAUUACUGGACAGUGACAUCAGCGAACACUCAGAAACUUGAAUGUAAUUGUUACUAAGUUAUGCAAGGACAUUUUCUUAUUUAUGAAGAAACAUAAUAGUAACUCUUUUGAUUACAGUGUGUUAAGAAAUAUCAGAUUUUUCUGAAGAACACUGAAAUUGCAAUUAGGUAGCAGUAGUUAUUUAUAUUAAAGUCAUUGCAUUAAUAUUGCAGCUAAUUUGGUGCAGUUCUAUAACGCAUUAGCAAAACGUUUAGUAAAUGUAAUAAACUGCCAUUCUAUCAUAAAAUACACCUUAGUUUUAUAGGUUAGAGACUGUGAUGUUCUAUACCGACUUAUUAAGUGUUAUGUAAAGAUUGUUGUUAAUAUAAUGCAGUAACCCUCACCAGCAUUUUAAAGAUAUAUUUAGUUUCACCUCACAUAAGAACUGUUAUCAAGCCAAUCAGUGUGCCUUGACUGAAUGUGUUGCCAAAGCUUAUAAAGAUACUGUAGAUUUGAAUUUCAUCUGAAAAACAAUGUAAUGAAUGAUGCACUCACUAAAAACACCAGCACAACAAACCCACCUUAACUUUACAGAUUAAAAUGCCACAAAAACAUAUUAUAAUAGAAAAUACCUCAAACUGAGACUAACCCAAAGAUCUUGUAACAGUUCCAAGCUAAAUCCUCAACAUAAUAAGCUUUACGUCAACAGCUAACAGUCAUAGCUAGUGUCUUCAGUUACCACCCUAUCUCUGGCCCUAUCUCGCAUUGAAAGAAAUCAAAAUCUCCAUGGAGUUAAGUUUUAUGUCAUACCGAGUGACAAUUAUGACAAAAGGAACAAUAUUUCCAUGGAGAGAAGCAGGUGGAGGCUAAAUAAGAGUCAGGUUGGUGGAGUUACAAGUUCACUCACAGUAAGAACACAUGUUUUCAGAGCAAUAAAAAACACAGAAGCAAACAAAAUAUGAUUUUAGUCUAUUUAUUUUGUGUUCCAAAGUAAGAUAUUUGUUUUUUUAAUGAAUGAUCCACAAUUGAAAUAUGAAAAUCUCAAUUAAUUUAUGCAUAAAAAACAAACACAUAAACCCACAUGAAGUACAGCAUCCAUUACAAUAACAUUAGAAUAGUUUGACAGUAAUAUUACUAUGUCUCCUCCCUUUUGUCUUGGUUAAACAGACAGUUAUUGGUGGUCCGCUCAUUCACCUUCGCCAGUCGAGCCCAAUCAAAUGUUAUUAGCUUGAGUUACCUUUAUUCAUGGUGGACUCUCAUUGAUGAAAUGGUCUCUGUAACCUUUCGAAAAUGUCAGAAUACUUCAUUCACACAGUUAGCUGGCACUGAAGCUACUUAUAGUGAUAUAUUGACAUUUAGAUCUAAACUAUGGCGUACAGUAAAGGGCAUUAGAGAGUUGGCUUAUUUACAAGAUGUCAGCAAAUGUUGCAUGGAGGAUGGAAUUCAAGAAAAUAUUUGACACUUUAAAAGAAAAUGUCUUCACAAAUUUAAAACAGUGCAAUUUGUUUUGACUGUAAAA